AUGUCCUCGUUGGAUUUACGCAAGGGUACUUUUAUCUCGAUAGGGACGCACCGCCUGCUCGCCACGGUCAGUGGUGUUGAUCGAUCUACUGACAUGGGCACCUUUGCGACGAUUCUGCUCUACCACCGGACUGGACUGGGUCGCAGCGAAGAUGCCCCAGACCCGAUGAUCCAUCGUGCCACUACGGCUGCCCAAGAACUGCAAAUCUUACUUACUCAAGCACACCUGUCGCCUCCUUACCUUGUUGUCGGCCAUUCCUAUGGAGCGAUCAUAGCACGUGAAUUCCUUCAUCUAUGUCCUCAAGCAGUGAUCGGGAUGGUUGUCGCGGAUGGCUCCACGGAGCGACAACCUGAGCUCUUGCAAGAUCCUGAUCUCGACCUCGCUGCUGUACAAGGCGAUUUGAGUUUUGCACGGGUGACUGGUUUGCGAACGAAUGCGCAACUCACGCGCGAUGAGUGGCGGGCGCGAGCAAGGGACAUUGCCCGUGGGCGACGGACCCGGGCAGUGGAGGCCGGGGAGAUGGUCGAGGUGUGUCAGACACUGGGCGCGAAAGAGCAGUAUCGGCAUCAGGCAUUAGGGCAGAAGCCACUGUCGGUGGUCCGGUGUCGCGGGUCGCUCGACUACAGGAAGAUCUACGAAGCGAGCGUGGCCGCGGGAAAUGGCAGCGAGACGCAGCAAAAGGCAUUUGAGCGCCUGUUCGAGCGCUGGGAUGGAGUGGAUCAAGCGAUGCAAGAAGAUCAGCUUCAAUUGUCGAGUCAAAGCCGCCUGGUGUAUUUGGAAGGUUGUGGGCAUCAUAUCCAUCUGCUGCGACCGGAGGUAAUUGCUGAAGAAGUGCGAUGA